CAUCCAUAUAUAUCACAACCCAACGUGCAACAUUCGUAGCCUAUAUUGUUGCAAAUUGAAGUAGUGUAACUGUUGCUAUCUCAAGGCUGCAUCGUUGUAACAUUGUAAUAUUCAUUUGAUUCAUUUGGAGUGAUUUCAAUAAGCUAUUAGUAAUUGGACAUAUUUUUCCUAUGUUAAAAUGGUUAUGCUUGAAUUUGACGCACUUCGAACAUGUGGGCUGCCUGUUGAGAUGCCAAUAACGUUUCCCUGACGUUUUUGUCUGCCUUCUCAAUCCCGAGGAAAUGGACUCGCCUCCCAUUUUUUAUUGCCCAGUGUCCUGGGAGGAAAGUAACUUGGUGUUGAAGACGACAAUGAAAAAAAUAGCCUACAUGAGAGGGUUGAUUUAAAACGACUUGUGUCUUAACACUUUUGAACUCAUUCAAAUUCUAGUCUAUUACAGUUUUUGUUCGUGGGGCUGGAUUCGAUUUGUUUUACUGAAUGAGCCUGAUCGACAAACGGUCCGUUCUUGACAACAUUCCAUUUUCAAAAGUAGUUGGAACUCCGUGAGAAAUAGAGAUGCGCUCAUUAAAGGAAAUGGGUAUCACACAUACAUCCGGAAAACGCAUCCACGCGCCACGGCUGCCUCGCAUGAUGUCAAUAUGUUUUAACAAUACAAAGGAUUCCUUCAAGGACCUCGAUUGAGAUACCGCAGAUGCGCGCUUGUCAUGGGUGCGUCAACUCGGUUAUUUUGCUCUGCUCCAUAUGGUUUUGGAGCGCUUAUGUAAUGAGACAACCGGGAAUUAUUAAGUAGGACUAGCCUGCAUUGAUACAUAUCAGGACAAUAUGGCUGAUCAGAGUAACAUCCAGUCUGCUGCUUCCAAAAGCAUCCGGCCGUUCAAGUCCAGCGAGGAAUACCUGUAUGCCAUGAAGGAGGACCUGGCCGAGUGGUUUAACACGCUGUAUGACCUGGAUAUAACAGCGGACACCUUUAUGGAAGGGCUGGAGACUGGCUGUGCCCUCUGUCGGCAUGCCAACAAUGUGAAUCAUGCAGCGCUGGACUUCCAGAUGGAGUACCCGGAGCUGGCACAGUCAUUGAGGAUGCCAACCAAGGAUGUGGUUUUUCAAUCGCGCAACGUGGUCCCUGGGUCGUUUUUGGCUCGGGAUAACGUGUCCAAUUUCAUCAGCUGGUGUCGUCAGGAGCUCUGGAUCAAGGAUGUUCUGAUGUUCGAAACCAACGACAUAGUGGAGAAAUGCAACGAGAAGAACUUUGUGCUGUGCCUGCUGGAGGUGGCGCGGCGCGGGGCCAAGUUCGGCAUGCUGGCCCCGAUGCUGAUCCAGCUGGAGGAGGAGAUCGAGGAGGAGAUCCGGGACCAGGAGAACCAGGGGGAGCCCAGUCCAAGCCUACUUCCAAUAAGCAGGGCUUUCGUUCGCAAGGAGAGUGUGGUUGAUGAACCCGAGCCUGCCCCUUAUGCACAUUGGCAACAGAAACAGAGGGUGCUGUGUGACAUGAGAAACUUAGAUGAGUUGGUGCGGGAGAUCCUGGGCCGCUGCUCCUGCCCCGCCCAGUUCCCAAUGACCAAGGUGUCUGAGGGGAAGUACAAAGUGGGAGACUCCAGCGCUCUGAUUUUCAUACGGGUCCUACGUACUCAUGUGAUGGUGCGUGUGGGCGGGGGAUGGGACACGUUAGAACACUAUCUGGACAAGCAUGACCCCUGCCGCUGUGCCGCCUUCGCUCACCGGUAUCACCAGGCCAAAGCCAGCGGGCAGGGUGCCCACAGCAAGUCCUCCAGCGCCCACUCCUCCCGCUCCACCAGCCCAGGCCCACACUGGCGUAAUGAGGGCAUUGCCCCCUAUAAGCCGCCUGACAGACGUUCCCAGGGCCUGGAGCCUCCGUGUGCCCCCUCGUCCACCCGGCCUGGCCGCUCCCACCACCCCUCCCUCCCCACGGAGCUCGACUCCAACGCAGGACGCACCCCCCUGCUACCACGACCACCACGGGACCGCUCAGAACCUCGACACUUCAACCCUCUCAGGUCUAAGGACUCGUCAUUGAUGCCAGUGACCCGCCGUCUAUCAGGGGACAGCGACUCCUCUACAGCCUCCUCUAAGGGAGGAGGAGGGGCAGGGGGAGGCCGCUUCUCUCUGGGAGGCACCCGUCGCGCCGGAGAGGAGGUGGUCCUGCUGGUCAACAGGAAGGAGGGGAAGCAUUUGAUCGAAAGGCCUGGAGGAGGAGGAGGUCAGAUCCCAGCCCUGUGCCCCCCAAUGCCCCGCGCACGCAGCCACUCCCGGGAACGCCCUGCCCCUGCUGCCAUCCUCAAACCCAGCCCCCCACAGGGACCCUCUGACGGGCUCAGGACCAGUCGUGGGGACAGAGGCCGCUCUCUGGGGCCCGAAGGCCCCCGCAGGCUCCAGGCCCCGCGUUCCCACAGCCAGGGGAAGAUGCCCAGCCGGAGUCGAACCAACGAUGCCAGCCCUGGAUCUUGUCCCCGUCACGGGGCCUCUCAGCCCCCAUCCUCUGACAGACGAGAGGAGCUGAGGGCCAAACAACUACCCCCUGCCUCCCCCAGAAUCAGUGGAGGUUUCUCCAGGAGACAAUCGUCCUCCUGCUCUAAUUCGCCUAUCAAAGGACUUCAGAGCAGCAGCCCCAGUAAGAAGACUAUGGUGGCUCCCAGGCCCCCUGCUCCACGCUCCCCCUCAGUAGGGAAGAGUAGGCUGCUGCCCCCAGUCUCCCAGGCAGGCCGACGCUCUCCACACUCCACUUCCCCCCGCUCCUCUCACUACCAUGGGCAUGGACCCCGCUCCCCUCGAACCUCCCACGGCCCUCGCUCCAAUGGACAUGGCCACAGGGGGUUGGCCGGCUCUGAGCGACAGGAACCCGAGGAGGAGGGGCUAGGCUAUAAGUUCCAGAUGCUGCCCAAUCUGGACCCCCAGAAGGAGCAGGACCUGUACCGCAGCUUCGAGGCUGAGUUCCUGGCUAACACAGGGCAGGGCAAAGUGGGGCCCAGCAGACCAAAGGGGGGAGGCAGCUUUCAGCUGCCCGCCUCCUCACAUCCACAACAGGGGGUUGGGACCCAAAACCUCCCCACACCUGCCUCUGCUGACCCUAACGUUACUGACUCUGCCUACUCCUCAUCCAACUCCUCCACCUCCUCAAUCAACGUGGGGGGGAAGGUAGAAGCUCUGCCUGACCUCCGGGAGUCCAAGAGAACUAACCCACAUUCCUGUGGAAGACUAGAGAAUACCCUGGCCCCACUGCAUGGCCAUAGCCCGGGCGGAUUAUCUAACGGUGGUCACACAGAACCAGUGCGCUGGAGCGGGCGAGGUGGAGGUCUCAGGAAGCUCCCUGCCAUCUCCAGUUCCAUGGAGGAAGGGGAGCUCCUGUCCUUCCCUGGCCAGAGAGACUCAGAGCUGGGCAUAGCUCUCAGCCAUACCCCCUCACAACUUCCUUUCAACCCCAGGAGCAUGAAUGUGGGCCAUGCCAGUGGUGCUCCAGCAGAGGUGCUGAUGGAGAGCCAGCAAGGUCAGCUGGGCUGGGGCUCAGGGCCUGAGGGAGACGUUCCUCUGGAGGAUCAACAACCAAGCUUCCCCUAUGACCUGGAGGAUGGAGACCCCAACGAUGACCUCCCUCCCCCAGAGUUUUGUCCCUCACCCAUCCCCCUUCCCCCCUCUGAGGACUGCUCAUUCCAGGAAGACUCCUCCAGUGAAAGCUCCUCCAUGUGCUUCAGCCUGAGUGAAUCACGCUCAGAGUCCUCUCCUCCACCUCCCCCGCUAGCCAAUAGGGAUGCUGUUGAUGGUGGUGUGGUCCUCCGGCCGAAGAGGGUAGGUAAGAAGGCUGACAGGAUGCCCUCGAUCUAUAAACUCAAGCUGAGGCCCAGGGUCAGGCCCCGUACAGACAACCGGCCAGAGAACAGCCCAUCACGUAUCCCCACCCCAGUCAGCUACAGAGACCUGCAGGCCAUGGCCAACCUCACCCCUCUCCAUACCCCUACUCCGCCACAGUCCCCUCAGAGCUCACAUUCCAACGGCCACCCAGCCUCACGCAAGGCCCUGCACCAGGCCUUCGGCGACCUAAUCCACCACCAGUCAUGCUCCACCGCCAUGGGCAGCAGGGACCGCACCUACUCCGUAGAGUCAGGGAGCGGCCUGGACACUGAGGCCUGGAUGUAACACACAACUAACUCAUCAUGAUGAUGCUGAUACAGAACAGUUUGUUGUCAAAUUAAAACUGACUACUGUCUAAAAAAGACUGGAGAUCGGGCUGCAGACUAUUUUUAUAGAACAUGUCACAGUCGCACACUCACUCUUUUUGUCACUUAGGCCCUUUCCUGUCUAUAAUGGUCAGGGUUUCACUAUCCCGUUCUAUUAUUUGCACUCAAAACCAAAUUAUUUAUUUCCAAAGGAACGAUCCAGAAUCUAAGGCUAUUGUUUAAGUUGAAUGGUUUCUUUGUAAUUAUGGGGAUGUUUUGAUGAAUCAUAAAGUGUCUAAUACAAGGCAGGCAGCUGUCUUGAAUGCCCCAUGUUUUGCUGCCAUACAGAGAGAGAGAGAGAGAACAUAUGUGCUGUUAUAUGCAUCACUGAGGGGCAUGAAGAAGUGCCAGGGCCGAGGAAGAGGAAAGAACCCCAGGCAGGAGCAGUGAAUCACAAGCGUCAUCAAGUCAACUGGACUGGCUCCCUCUAGUGGACAGUGUAUGCCACAGCAUCUCUGUCCGCUUUGAUAAAAUACUGGUGAGGUGAGCAGCACUGUAAAAUAUACUUUCUUGCUCUCAUUCUACGUACUGCCACUCACCCUCUGCUAGUUACCCCCCGUCAGUGGACAUCUUUACAGAUCUAAUCUGUAUUGGACUCAUAUAUAAAAACAAUACUCUACGAUACUUUACUGUACAAUGUUCACAAAUAACAGUCUUUUGGACUUUAUAUACACUACAUAUUCCAUAUGUGCACUGCUACUCACCUUCCGCCACCAACCCCCUGCAUCCUGAGUUGUUCAUUGUCAUACAUGUAUGAUGUCACUUUCUCACUGCCAAUCCAUAUGGCCAUGAUUGAGUGAUGUCUGUUUUUUGAGCUUUUAGUGUGAAAAUAUACAAAGCAUUUUCUAUGUGUUAACUGCAGUCUGGGGUAAGAGUAAGAUGAUUAUGUGUCAUUGUCACUGAAACAGCAAUGUUGAAUACUUCCAAUGAUCCAGAGUUAUCUGAACUUGGAAAUCAACACUAAAAUAUGUAUACAAAAGUGGAUGAAUAUGCAUAAAUGUGUACAUGUGUAUAUACAGUUGCAAGAAAAAGUAUGUGAACCCUUUGGAAUUACCUGGAUUUCUACAUAAAUUGAUCAACAAAUGUGAUCUGAUCUUCCUCUAAGUCACGACAAUAGACAAACACAGUGUGCUUAAACUAAUAAUACACAAAUUAUAGUAUUUUUCUUGUCUAUAUUGAAUACAUAAUUUAAACAUUCACAGUGUAGGUUGGGAAAAGUAUGUGAACUCCUAGGCUAAUGACUUCUACAAAAUCUAAUUGGAGUCAGGACUCCGAUAACCAGGAGUUCAAUCAAUGAGACAAGAUUGGAGAUGUUGGUUAGAGCUGCCCUGCAAUAUAAAAACACUCACAAAAAGUGAGUUUGCUAUUCACAUGAAGCGUUGCCUGAUGUGAACCAUGCCUCGAACAAAAGAGAUCUCAGAAGACCUAAGAUUAAGAAUUGUUGACUUGCAUAAAGCUGGAAAGGGUUACAAAUGUAUCUCUUAAAGCCUUGAUGUUCAUCAGUCCAUGGUAAGAUAAAUUGUCUAUAAAAGGAGAAAGUUCAACACUGUUGCUACUCUCCCUAAGAGUGGCCGUCCUGCAAAGCUGACUGCAAGAGCACAGCACAGAAUGCUCAAUGAGGUUAAGAAGAAUCCUAGAGUGUCAGCUAAAGACUUACAGAAAUUUCUGGAACAUGCUAACAUCUCUGUUGACGAGUCUACGAUACGUAAAACACUAAACAAGAACGGUGUUCAUGGGAGGACACCACGGAAGAAGCCACUGCUGUCCAAAAAAAACAUUGCUGCACAUCUGAGGUAUGCAAAAGAGCACCUGCAUGUUCCAGUAGUUCUGUGGACAGAUGAAACUAAAGUUGAGUUGUUUUGAAGGAACACACAACACUGGAGAAACAGCUCACCAGGCCUCGGCCUGGACAGCUUGCUACGCUAUCAUUGACGGAAAAAUGAAUUCCCAUGUUUAUCAAGACAUUUUGCAGGAGAAUGUAAGGCUCUGUCUGCCAAUUGAAGCUCAACAGAAGUUGGGUGAUGCAACAGGACAACGACCCAAAACACAGAAUGGCUUCAACAGAAGAAAAUAUGCCUUCUGGAGUGGCCCUGUCGGAGUCCUGAUCUCAAACCGAUUGAGAUGCUGUGGCAUAACCUCGAGCGGUUCACACCAGACAUCCCAAGAACAUUGCUGAACUGAAACAGUUUUGUAAAGAGGAAUGGUCCAAAAUUCCUCCUGACUGAUGUGCAGGUCUGAUCCGCAACUACAGAAAACGUUUGGUUGAGGUUAUUGCUACCAAAGGAGGGUCAACCUAUUAUUAAAUCCAAGGGUUCACAUACUUUUCCCACCCUGAACUGUGAAUGUUUACACAGUGUGUUCAAUAAAGACAUGAAAACGUAUAAUUGUUUGUGUGUUAUUAGUUUAAGCAGACUGUGUUUGUCUAUUGUUGUGACUUAGAUGAAGAUCAGAUCAAAUUUCUUGACCAAUUUAUGCAGAAAUCCAGGUAAUUCCAAAGGGUUCACAUACUUUUUCUUGCCACUGUACAUGUAUACUUGCAUAAAGAUGUGGGUAUAGUGUAUAUAACAAAAAUGAAUUAUGAAAUGUGUAAAUAUUCACUGUAUGGGGUUUUAUGCUGCCUUAGCUAUGCAAUAUUGCUGUUGGAAAUGCCUUGACAAUUCCCUUGGCCUUAAAAUGUGUGUGAGUUUGGUUUGAGAACGUUGGUGCCCAACAACACCCAUUCAUUCUUGAGUGUGAAUUCAUUGUCAUCGCCAUCAGUUUUUUUCUCAAUGUAGAAUUGCCCAAAACAUUCAAUAAAAAGCACCAUAUUAUUUGCAAUGGAUUUGUAUGAUAGAUACGUAGACAAACCACUCUCUCAUCAAAGGAUAUUUAGUGACAUCUAGUGGUUGAAAAAAUAUGUUCUCAUUUGAAUGAAAUUCCUUCACGGUGGAAUGACAGGGACUGUGCUGCAGUGGGUUUUCAGUAAAUGGAUGGCACAAGCCGAGUGGAAAGAGUUUGUUUGUGUGUGUACGUCUUUCAGUAAACUGAAUCGAAGUGUACAUUCUGUAUAGGAUUAUGUACCAGGUGUCAAUGGGAAUGUGGGUAGAGUUGAAGAAAAGCAGGGAGGGAUGUUGUUGGUCUUGUUUAUUUAUGAAUUGGUCUCGAGUGACGGGUGGGGCUCUAAGUGAAAAACAACACUGUAUGUAGAAUCUAAAGCCAGUGAGAGCCCAAAAUAAGUUAUAAAAAAAUACAUGAAAAAAUGGUGUUAGAACUGUGGCUCUCGAUUAUCAUAAUGGUUUUAGCCAGAGCCAAUAGUUUAGUAAUGCACAAGGUUCCAGGGACCUAAUCCAAUCUCUGCAGACAGUUGAGACCAUUUCUGAGGAAGUUUUCAUGUAUUUUUGUCUUUGACUUGGGGAUUUUGAUUGUUAAAAGAUUUGCUUUUAACAUGUUUUAUUUUGCCAAUUAAUGUCCACACAUCAACCAAAUAGAAAAUACAGCAGAAGCUGUUAUGCUUUUAAAAGAUCCAGAAUCUGAAUUUAUUUGCCAUAUAAAGGGAACACUCCAGCAAUGAAUAUAGCCAAUCCAAGAGGGUCAAAGGUUUUGUUGAUGACUACACAGGAAUGAGCCAACCUACACACAGCCUAGGCUUUUAACUGCUCAAAGAUACAGUUCAAACAUAGUUAAACCUCCACUGCCAUAAAGGCUCUGUUUGCAUUAUUAGCCAACGUACAUUUUCUCUCUUCUCUGACCAAUGAGAAGUUGAUCAACCUUUUCAUUUCAUUGCUUUCACGUGUAGCUGUCUUUAAAAAAAAGAUGUCUAUAUGUGUUUUAUUUUCAAUUAAAUUGUUCAAUUAUGUAAUAUGUUUAAAAUAUUAAAACAUGCAUGAGUUAGCAGGUGACAGGUUUUACCAGUAGUUUUACAUGUUUGUGACAUUAAGAAAACCAUAGGCCAAUGAUUGAAUUUGUCAAUUCAACUAUGAUUGCAAAAUUAUUAUUUGGUAAAAAAAUUAUCUUAGUGUGCAAAGUUGCAUGUCAACUCUUACAUUGUGUGCUUGGUUUUUGUUUGUCAAAUGCUGCUUUGUAAAUUCCAGAACUUUCUCUCUCUCUCUUUUGAGCUCCCUUUUUAUCUCUCUGAAAUCUAUGUCUAAAUGGCAUAACACAAAGUAAUGAAAUGAAACGGAUCAUAACAUACAUUUUGAAUGUUCAUUUGAAUUUAUUUUAGUGUUUAAGCGUUAUCUGCUGAUGUUAUCUUCUAUCAAACAAUGACUUAAUAAAUGUACUGAAGAGUGCUUGACAUUGUGCAAUUUGUCUGUAUUAAUUAGCAAUACUGCAAUACCAAGACUUCAUUUGUUCCUUGAAAAUGAAUUGCUGUCAAGUUGUUCUUGUAAUAAAAUAUGUUCUUUUGAUUUUGUUUA